AUGGGGCUCAUCAAUGCCCCAACAGCCCUCGCAGUAGCUGCGAUCUCUCUUCUGAUAUACGCCAUCUUUGGUCAACCAAAGUUGCGGAGGAACGGUGUCCCAUUGCGACGACCCCCUAAUACACUGCCGCUCGCUGGAAAUGGCAUCAUAUUCCUUAGAGACCGUCAGAAGCUAUUCGAUUGGUUCACCAAGUGUGAACGACUGUACGGCUAUGAAACGCUGCAAAUCUCUGUUCCCAGUCUACCUCCAGGGGUUAUCAUCAGCGAUCCCAAGAACCUAGAUUACGUGUUCAAGAACGAGGGCAUAUUUGCCAAGGGCGAGUUCUUCAAGGGGAGAUCUAGGGACUUAUUUGGGAAUGGCAUCAUCAAUGUUGAUGGCGAGCUGUGGAAGGUCCAGAGAAAGGCCGGACUCAACUUCCUUAAUACCUCGAACCUGAGGGUUCUAACAGACGUAGCGCUGCCACAGUAUUUAUCUCAGAGUGUCGCUUACCUCGGAAAACAGUCCGGUAACGACGUUGUGGAUUUACAAGCAGUCUUUCACGAGAUCACAACCCAACUCAUGGGGAAGAUGGCUUACAAUAUGGAAAUGCACGCAGAAGACACGUUCGGCCUGGCUUUCGACUACGCAUCUGGUGCAACUGCCGAACGGUUCCAGAACCCAAUGUGGUUUCUCACAGAGAUUCUCAAUGGAACACGUCUGAGGAAAUCCAUCUCUGUCGUGAAAUCCUUUGGACGGAACAUAGUCUCCAGUGCGAUGACGGACAGAAAAGCGUCUCCCAAAACCGUGCGGGACGUCUCACAAGACCUGGGGAACGACAGGCUCGACGACAUAUCCGGCAGUCUAGUCCAGUCAUUACUGGACUCUAUUGGCGACGAGCAGCUGGUCGCGGAUGCCGCGCUGAAUUACCUCUCUGCGGGUAAAGAUACCACGGCGCAGGCUCUUACGUGGACAUUCUACCUGCUCAUGCAAUACCCAGAAGUCGUGGCCAAAAUCCGCGAGGAGGUUGACGGCAUCAAAGAGCAUAGUGGGGAUACUCUUGAGAAAGCCAUUGCGGAACGGGGUAACCCGAGCACAAUGCCGUACGUCUUCUCAGUCUUCUAUGAAGCGUUGCGCAUCUUCCCACCGAUCCCUUUCGAAAUCAAACAGGCUGUUCAGGCAACGACGCUACCGGACGGCACCUUUCUGCCCCAGAACUCCGUCAUUGUCUGGUGUACCUGGGCGAUGAACCGCUCGCGCACCACAUGGGGCCCCGAUGCGGACCAGUUCCGGCCUGAACGAUGGCUGGUCGACGGUAAAGUUAUCAACAAGAGCACCUCCGAGUUCCCAGUCUUCAACGGCGGGCCAAGGACUUGUCUGGGGAAAAAGAUGGCUGAGAUCAUUGCCGUGCAAGUGAUUGCGACCGUGGCUAGUCUGUUUGAUUGCGUGAGAGUCGAUGACUCGACGAGGGUCAGCAAGAGUAGUCUUACCUUACCGAUGAAGGACGGCCUGCCCUGUUUUGUACGUCGUAGACCUGAAACUCAAUCCUAA